CUCGCCGCGGCCCGGGUAGGCUGCGGGAGAGGCCGCGGCAGCGCGGCGGGAGCUGAGGGAGGCCGGGGUGCGAGAUUAAAACCGAAGCGGCGCUGGCGAAGAACGGACAUGCUUGACACUUGUCUGCAGUUGCUUGUGUUGCGCCUCGUUGUUUACUCGAAAAGGAGAGACUGAAACUAUUACUUGGCUUCUUCUCGGGUUAUGUUAUAACUAAUAAUAAAGCAAAACUGUGGAAAAAGCACCUGGGAACUGAGCAUGGUAGGAUCUUGAAGGGAAAAGUAGCUGGGAUCGACGGGAAGAGGAAGGGGAGGAAUGGCAUCCCGAGAGAGACUGUAUGAGCUUUGGAUGCUUUACUGCAAUAAGAAAGACCCAGAUUACCUGAAGCUCUGGUUGGAUAGUUUUGUGUCUAGCUAUGAACAGUUUCUGGAUGUGGACUUUGAGAAGCUGCCAACGAGGGUGGAUGACAUUCCACCAGGAAUAUCGCUGCUUCCUGAUAACAUUCUUCAGGUCCUCAGGCUCCAGUUGCUACAGUGUGUCCAGAAAAUGUCAGAUGGCCUGGAAGAGCAGCAGCAGACUCUGUCACUUUUACUUGUGAAAUUCUUUAUCAUCCUUUGCAGGAAUUUGGCUAAUGUGGAAGAGAUUGGGAUGUGUUCAUACAUUAACCAUGUUAUCACCAUGACUACGUUGUACAUUCAACAGUUAAAAAGCAAAACAAAAGAAAAAGAAGUGGAGGAUCAGACCCCCAUAGAAGAGUUUGUGAGACAUGCAUUGGCUUUCUGUGAAAGCCUGUAUGAUCCAUAUCGGAACUGGAGGCAGAGAAUUGCAGGACGUUUCCUUAGUACAGUUGAAAGGAGCAGACAGAAAUAUAAACCAGCUUCCCUCACUGUUGAGUUUGUCCCUUUUUUUUACCAAUGCUUUCAAGAAAGUGAACAUCUCAAGGAAAGCCUAAAAUGUUGCCUGCUGCAUCUCUUUGGAGCUAUUGUGGCUGGUGGUCAGAGGAAUGCUCUUCAAGCAGUAUCCCCUGCCACCAUGGAAGUCUUGAUGCGUGUUUUAGCAGACUGUGACAACUGGGAUGACAGAAACCCUGAGGAAGUGAGCAGGAAGGCAGAGCUGACUCUGAAGUGCCUGACAGAAGUUGUCCAUAUCCUCCUCACCAGCAGUUCUGACCAGCGCCAGGUGGAGACAAGUACAAUAUUGGAGAACUAUUUCAAGUUGCUUAACUCAGACCAUUCAGCCUUACCUAAUCCAAGGCGAUGCAGGCAGUGGGAGAGCAGGUUCAUAGCACUGCAGGUCCAAAUGCUGAAUACCAUCACAGCCAUGUUAGACUGCACAGAUAGGCCUGUUCUGCAGGCAAUUUUCCUUAACAGUAACUGCUUUGAGCAUCUCAUUCGACUCUUGCAGAACUGCAAGCUGUUUUUAAAUGCUAACAAUAAAGUGGCAGACAAGAGUGAGAAAGACCUUACCAACAAAUUACUGACAGAAAUGAAUGAGGACCAGGUGUUUCAGGGACACCUGGACUCCUUGGCAGUGUCAACCAUUCAAGCCCUCACAGCAGUAAUGCACAAGUCUCCAGCUGCAAAGGAGGUCUUCAAGGAGAGGAUUGGGUAUGCACACAUAUAUGAGGUACUGAAAUCACUGGGUCAGCCGUCACGGGAAUUGCUGGAGGAACUCAUGAAUAUGGCUGUUGAAGGUGACCACAUGGCUGUUGGGAUACUAGGCAUUAGUAAUGUCCAGCCCUUAUUGCUGCUCAUCCAGUGGCUUCCAGAGCUAGAAUCCCACGAGCUGCAGAUUUUCAUCUCCAAUUGGUUGAGGCGAAUCUGCUGCAUUGACAGGCAGAGCCGUGCCACGUGCGUCAACGCAAACAUGGUCAUCCGCAUCAUCGAGACCCUCAAUUCCCACUCGGUGCUGCACUGCACCUGUGCAGAGAACCUGAUUGCCCUGCUGGGCUCCUUGGGGAGUCAGUCCAUGGGCUCAGAAGAGCUGCUGCAGCUGGUGCGGCUGCUGCGGCCGGAGGAGCCACGGGGCGCACACCCCUACGUGGUGCCGGCGAUGCGCGCGCUGCUGGCCAUGGCGCGCAAGCAGGGCCUGGCCAGCGCCCUGCAGUACUUCAACCUGCACCACAGCAUGGCCGGCAUCGCCCUGCCCGCCAUCCACAGGUGGCCGGGCUCCGCCUUCUCCUUCAACGCCUGGCUCUGCCUCGACCAGGACCGGGUGGAGCCCGGCUCGAUGGGCAAAAGCGGCAAGAGGAAGCAGCUCUACAGCUUUUUUACAGCAAGUGGUAUGGGGUUUGAAGCCUUUAUUACGUGCUCGGGGGUAUUGGUGGUUGCAGUGUGCACAAAGAGGGAAUAUGCAACAGUGAUGCUGCCUGACCAUUGUUUUUUUGACUCUCUCUGGCACAACAUAACUAUUGUCCACGUGCCUGGAAAGAGGCCCUUUGGUCAGAGCCUUGUCUAUAUCUAUGUCAAUGGACAGCAGAAGGUCUCUGCCCCACUUCGAUUCCCUGCUAUGAAUGAAUCUUUCACUUCUUGCUGCAUUGGUUCAGCUGGUCAAAGAACAACAACUCCUCCUCCCUCUCAGAUACCAGAUCCCCCUUUUUCCUCCCCAAUCAUGCCCCACCGGACGUCCCUUGGGGGCAUUCUCGCUCCAGGAGCUUGGGGUGGGGUGCUUGGAAAACCAGAGUUCAUCACCAAAAUGAUCUCAGCAGGGACUCAGGACAGUGAAUGGGGGUGUCCAACAUCCUUGGAGGGCCAACUUGGAUCAGUUAUUGUCUUUCAUGAAGCACUGCAACCUUCUCAGGUGAAAGCAUUAUAUUUAGCAGGUCCAAACUGUUUAACUCCAUGGAAAUCUCAAGAAGCUGAAGUAGCAGACCUCCCCAGUAAGGUGCUGCUUCAUUAUACACCAAAGGCCUGCAGAAACCCAAUUUGCCUUGACCUGUCUGCAAAUCUUUUACAUGGAAGACUAACUGGAAACAAAGUAGUGAAUUGGGACAUCAAGGAUAUGAUCAACUGUAUUGGUGGGAUGAAUGUGCUGUUUCCAUUGCUGGAGCAGAUCAGCUUUCUUGGUGCACAGAUGCCUGAGAAGUCUGAAGGAGAAGUUCUGCCUCCAGAACUUGUAACUCCUGUGGAGGGUGACUGGGUGGUCUUUUCAUCCCCAAAGGCAUCAGAAGCACGUCUGGAGAAGAACAUAGUUGCAACUUUCAUCUUGAUGAUAAAACACUUUAUUCAGGGACAUCAUGUUAAUCAAGAAAAUCUCAUUCACUCCCAUGGAGUUGCCACCCUAGGAGCCUUGUUACAGAAGGUGCCAAGCAUCCUAAUGGAUGUGAAUGUCCUAAUGGCUGUACAGUUGCUGAUAGAACAAGUCUCAGUAGAAAAGAACAUGCAGCUUUUGCAACAGAUGUAUCACCACUUGCUUUUUGACUUCAGCAUCUGGAACAGUGGUGACUUUCCCUUCAGAAUUGGACAUAUACAGUAUCUUUCUACAAUCAUCAAGGACAGUAGAAGGCUCUUCAGAAAGAAGUAUGGUGUGCAGUUUCUUCUAGACACACUCAGGAUUUAUUAUGGGACUGGCUGUAAAGAUGGUGAUUUGGCUCCUGAUGACCUGAGGACAAUACGGACGUCCCUGUAUGGACUGAUCAAAUAUUUCCUGAGCAAAGGUGGAACACAUGAAGAAAUUCAGAGCAUUGUAGGAUACAUAGCUGCCACCAGUGAUGAGGAGCAGCUCUGCGGAAUUCUGGAUGUUCUCUUCAGCCUACUUCAUUCCAGUCCAACCCCAGACCAGCUUUUUUUAUUGCUCUUUGAACCAGGGAAUGCUGAUAUUCUUUAUGCUCUGUUAUUGCAUCAAAGAUACUCUGACAGGCUUAGAGAACUUGUGUUCAAGAUCGUGGAAGAGAUGCUGAAAUGUACCAAAGUUUAUGAGCGGAGCAAGCACCGGAUGAGGCUCAGAGAAGUGGGGUACUCUGGGCUGGGACUCCUUCUGAAUGAAUCCCAUGUUACUGUUUCUCUUAUUAAAAACCUUCUUAACCAAGUUCUCUAUGCAGAUCCUGCUGUGAAUUAUAAAGAUCUCCUAGCUGUAGUGUAUCUGGCUCAUAGAUCAGAUAUAAACAUGAGAGUGAUUAUCUGUAGAAAGAUUUUGCACCUUUUGCAUUCCCAAUUGGAUGCAGCACAACAGAUUUCUCAGCAGCUGGGCUGGCAGGACACUUUGGUUAGACUGUUCCUGAAGGAGAACUCAGAGGUCCGGAUUGGCUUUAAGGAGAACAGGACUGAUUCCUCCAGGGAAGAGGAUAAAAAGCCUCCUACUGAAGAGCUACAGAAACAUCAAGCUGAUAAAACAGAGAGAGAUAAAGCUGGCAGCUUUGCAUCAGUUAAUGGUCUCUUUGAUCAGUGGAGUUUAGAAGACAACAAAUCCCUGGAUGUCCCUGCCCAUUUCUCUGUUAUGCCACUGGAAGAUGCAUCCACAGCAGAGAUGUCUUUCGGUUCGGAGGGCCGAGAAGGGCUGUGGCACAGUAAUCCUUCACAUUUGAGUUUGGAUUUGUCCAGUGUUGACUCUUAUGAACUGGCUGAUGUUGGGAAUCAGAUGACAGACAGCCAGCCCAGCACUCCCUCACCCACAGAGAGCACAAAGCCCUUCUCUGGGCAGCCUGACAGAGAGCUGGGUGUUACAAAUGAUGUGGGCUUCGCUGCUGAGCUUUCUCUCUUUGAAAACCAAGGAGGGAGUGAUAAUGAACUCAUACAGUUACUCACAGACAUCCUACUGUGUAUAAUGUGGAAAGGUAUUGAAAAAUCUGAUGAUGAUGCUUGGAUUGAGAGAGGACAGGUGUUCUCUGCUCUCACCAAACUGGGGAUGUCUAACGAGUUGCUGCGGCCUUCUGAUGAAAUAAAACUCAACUUGCUGGAGAAGAUGUUAGAAUGGUCAGUCACUGAUAACAGAGAUUCAAAAGCUCUCCCUACACAUGCUGAAAAUGCCUUCAAGCUCUUGCUAAUUGUACAAGGUUUCCUGCAGGCAGAAGGACUAAUUAAUUCAAAUUUAUGGACAGAAAAGCUGUUGGAAGAACUAGUGACUCUCAUGGAUAGUCUGUCAGUCUGGUACUCUGCUGGCUUAGAGGCAAUUAGGCUUUCACAGGUGCAAGUCCAGCUGCUCCUUGGAUUUAUUGCACAAGACAACUUACAGGUCUGUGCUAUGGCAGCAGCCAAACUAAACACCCUCCUUCAGACCAAAGUAAUUGAGAGCCAGCCUGAGGCAUGCUACCUCCUGGGGAAGUUGGAAGGCAUUUUGAGUAGGUCAAUUGAAGAGAAGACAGAAACAUACUCAUUUUUGAUUCCUCUGGUUCGGACAUUGGUAUCCAAGGUUUAUGAACUUCUCUUUAUGAACCUGCACCUUCCUUCACUGCCUCCUACCAAUGGCAGCCCAUCGUUCUUUGAGGACUUUCAAGAAUACUGCAGAUCUGAUGAGUGGCAAGUUUAUAUUGACAAAUAUAUUAUUCCAAAUAUGAAGCAAUAUGAAGAGAAUUCAUUCAGACAUGAUAAUGAGCAAAUGGCACUUUAUUGGAAAGAUUGUUAUGAAGCUUUUAUGGUGAACAUGCACAAGCGAGACCGAGAAAGAGGAGAAAGUAAGCUUAAAUUUCAGGAGCACUUUGUGGAGCCGUUCCGCAGGAAGGCUCGGCAGGAGAACCUGCGCUACAACAGCAUGCUCAAACAGCUGAGCAGCCAGCACACAGCCACGCUGAGGCAGUGGAGAGCAGCCCAGCUGUACUUGUUCUCUGAGCGUGGGCCUUGGGCUGAAAGGAAACAGCGUCCUGUUCACUGGAAACUUUCAAAUGUGGAAAAUUUUUCACGUAUGAGACUAAAACUAGUGCAGAAUUACAACUUCAACUCUCAUCAGGAUGCUAGUGACCUGAGAGAUAAUUUAGGUGUGCACCAGACACAGCCCUCUAGUGAGUCUCUGCUUCUGGAGGUGGUGAAGCAGGUGAAAGUGAGUGACUUGGAAGAUGAUGUUCUGGAACUACCAGAAGAAGACACAACAGCCAGUUCCGAUUUGGAUGAGAAGGAUGAGGAAAGUCAGAAAGAAAAGCUAAUAUUGUCUGAAGACUGUGAACUCAUUACAGUAAUUGAUGUGAUACCGGGCAGGCUGGAGGUCACUACCCAGCACAUCUAUUUCUUUGAUGGCAGCAUUGAGAAAGAGGAAGGGGUAGGUUUUGAUUUCAAAUGGCACCUUUCUCAAAUCCGAGAGAUCCAUUUGCGUCGGUACAACCUGAGGAGGUCAGCUUUGGAGAUCUUCCUUACGGAUCAAACCAACUACUUCCUCAACUUCAAUAAGGAGGUACGAAACAAAGUGUAUAGUCGGAUACUGUCGCUGCGCUCUCCAAACAUUUCUGGGACCAGAUCUCCACAGGAGCUUUUCAAAGCAUCGGGUUUGAUGCAGAAAUGGGUGAAUAGAGAAAUAUCCAACUUUGAUUACCUUAUUCAGCUAAACACUAUGGCUGGACGAACUUACAAUGACCUUGCUCAAUAUCCUGUGUUUCCCUGGAUUUUACGAGAUUACACCUCAGAAGAACUGGACCUGAAUAAUCCUGCAGUAUUUAGGGACCUGUCCAAACCUAUAGGUGUGGUUAAUGAGAAGAAUGCUAAGACUGUGAAAGAGAAAUAUGAGAAUUUUGAGGAUCCUCUUGGGAUGAUUGACAAGUUUCACUAUGGGACACACUACUCAAAUGCUGCUGGUGUCAUGCAUUACCUCAUUCGGGUGGAGCCUUUCACAACACUCCAUAUCCAGCUUCAGAGUGGCAGAUUUGACUGUGCUGACAGACAGUUCCACUCUAUUCCUGCUACCUGGCAGGCACUCAUGGACAACCCCAAUGAUGUCAAAGAACUUAUCCCAGAGUUCUUCUACUUUCCAGAGUUCCUGGAGAAUCAGAAUGGUUUUAACUUAGGCCAGCUUCAAAUGUCCAAAGAGGUGGUAAACAAUGUUGUUCUGCCUAAGUGGGCCCACUCCCCAGAAGACUUUAUUUACAAACAUAGGAAGGCUCUGGAAUCUGAGUAUGUUUCUGCUCAUCUUCAUGAAUGGAUAGAUUUGAUUUUUGGCUACAAGCAGAGGGGACCAGCUGCAGUGGAGGCGCUUAAUGUGUUCUAUUAUUGUACUUAUGAAGGGGCUGUGGAUUUGGAUGCUUUAACAGAUGAGAAAGAAAGGAAGGCUUUAGAAGGGAUGAUAAACAAUUUUGGGCAAACUCCCUGUCAGCUGUUAAAGGAGCCCCAUCCACAAAGGCUGUCAGCAGAAGAGGUAGUACAAAGACUAACUAAAAGUGAUACCUCUACUCUGAAUCUCUUCCAACACCUCACUGAGCUGAAGUCAUUCUUCAUAGAGGGAAUUAGUGAUGGUGUGCCCAUUGUCAAAGCUGUUGUCCCCAGGAAUCAGUCACGCUCCUUUAUCUCUCAGGGAAGCCCAGAGAUCUUGGUAACAACAAGUCUGAACUGUGUUAUUGGAACUCAUGGUUGGCUGCCUUAUGACAAAAAUAUUUCCAACUAUUUUACAUUCAUCAAAGAUACAACAGUGACAAAUCCCAAAACACAGCGCAGCAUGAGUGGCCCUUUUGCCCCAGGGCUGGAGAUCACCUCCAAGCUGUUCGCAGUGUCCCAUGACGCAAAGCUGCUCUUCAGUGGCGGACACUGGGACAACAGCAUCCGAGUGACGUCCCUUACCAAAGGCAAACUGAUGGGACAGCACAUCAGGCACAUGGAUAUUGUGACCUGCUUGGCAAUAGACCACUGUGGAAUUCAUUUAAUUUCAGGCUCCAGAGAUACUACCUGUAUGAUAUGGCAGAUUGUUCACCAGGGAGGAGUGCCUGUAGGCCUGGCACCUAAGCCAUUACAGAUCCUUUAUGGGCACACAGAUGAGGUUUCGAGUGUUGGCAUCAGCACUGAACUGGACAUGGCAGUGUCAGGAUCCAGGGAUGGCACCGUCAUUGUGCGCACCGUACGGAAGGGUCAGUACGUGAGGACUCUGCGGCCCCCGUGUGAGAGUUCUCUCCUGCUGACUGUUCCCAAUCUGGCUGUGUCCUGGGAAGGCCAUAUAGUUGUCCACACCAGCGUGGAAGGAAAGACUACUCUCAAGGAUAAGAAUGCAUUACAUCUCUAUUCUGUCAAUGGGAAGUAUCUGGGUUCUGAGACUCUGAAGGAGGAAGUGUCUGAUCUGUGUGUAACUGGCGAAUAUAUCGUCAUGGGCAGCUUGCAGGGAUUUCUUUCCAUACGGGAUCUCUACAGCCUGAGUCUGAGCAUCUCUCCCUUAGCCAUGAGAGUGCCAAUCCAUUGCAUUUCUGUCACCAAAGAGUACAGCCACAUCCUUGUUGGCCUGGAGGACGGCAAGUUGAUUAUCGUUGGUGUUGGCAAGCCGGCAGAGGUAAAACCCACCAUCAAGAACUUUUUCUACCGAACUGUGGGAAGUUCACUUAUUUCUGCUUUCCAGUUGAGCAAGAGGUCUCCUCUUUGGCAGGGUAAACUUAAGAGCAAGUUUCAGUUUUCAGUGGGAAACAAAUAACUUUUGAGACUGCUCUGCUGAAAGUUCUGAUUAAGAAUCAGAUGUGUAUAGGGAUCGCAGAUGGGAAGCUCAGCUGGACUAACUUCCAGACUUUAUCACUCACAUCUGAAUAAGCAAAGUCAUAAUAGCUAACCUUUUCUGAAUGGGAUAGUGUUGUCAGCCUCUUCUUGAUGAAAUAAUUUUCCAGAAGAAAUUUGGAAAUGAAAGAGAGCAAGCUACUUCCUUUAUUUUUUUUUAUGAUUUCUAUCAGAUAUCUUUUAAUAUGCGCUGACUGACAUUGGGGAAAAAGGUAUUACUUCUGUCUGUUGAGAGUCUCUAAUGGCAAUGCACAGUGAAUCACUUCUGUAGGUUCCCAGUAUGCUUGUGUUCCAUAUGGCAAAUAGAAGUUGGUCCUGCAUAUGCAAUAUCAAUUACAGAGCAUCCAUCUCUCAAAUAGAUAUGCCCAAUUUUUCUUGUGCAAAACCAUAGUUUUUGCUUUAAUUACUUCUUGUAAUGACUUUCAAAGUACUUGAGUUAAUUUAAAACUGCUUGUUAUCUUUAUAACUCAAUCUCUGUUGUGCUGCUAUGUAUUUAUUUGAGAAUGUGAUUAUCACUUUUGCAUGAUCUUAAGUACAUGCUGGAAAAGUGAGUAUUAAUUCUAUUUUAUAUUCUAAAUGUGAAAACAGAGCAACUUUAUUUGUCAGUAUUUUUAAAUUUUCUUGCUAGGAUAUACAUAGUUUAAUAUUGGAAAAAUAUUCACACAAUAGUAGUCUGAUUUUGCUUGCACUGGAUGUGGAGGGGACAUUUCCACUGAUUUUCAAUUUUCUAUUGUAGAAUUGAAAAAGAGAUUAUUAUUAUGUGGUUAAACAUAUGGUUGUAACAGCAGUUUUAAAGCCACUGUCAUUUCUAAGCUUCCUAUUCCAUAGAAAAGAUCUUUUGUAGGCUGAAAUUUAUGUGUAUCAUUAGACUGAAGGCUGUUUUCUUAUUUUCAUUUUUUAAUCACAUCUAUUUUUCUAACUAUGCAGAAAGUGUUGUUUCAAAGACUGGAUUCCUUUUAUGGUUAUAGAGGCUUUCCAGUGACCUUUUUCCCAGGAUUUUCUGUUUACAGUUCAGAUGAUAUGCAACCUUAAUAUCUGUGUAAAUAAGGUUUUUUUUUAACACAAACAUAUAAGGAACAACAUUAUGUCCCAGAUUUUCUAGUUUUCUAUAAUGGCAUCAAUCAAUAUAUUUGAAUAGUGUGUGUAUGUGUGGUGUUCAUUUGUUGAAUUACUUAUUUUGGAAGGAAUGUGUUAAUUCCUGGAACUUUAUCUGUAUGCAAAGACAGUGUUGUAGUUCUGGCUUUCAGUGGUGAUAUUGAUCCUUAGGACAGAGGAUUGGAUCCUUGGCACAGACUUGCUUUAAUGUGCAAAAAGUGAAAUGAUGCUUGCUAUCAAGAUUGGCCCUUAGUGUUUCUGCACUGACAGUUUCUAAUAUGGAGGAUAAGAAAUGCUUUUGUAUUUUUAACAAUUACUUAGCUGUUUUGGAUGUUACAGAAGUCUGGGCAAUUAUCACUUGUUAGUGUUGAUCCUGGUCAGUGCUGUGCCUUUUCUAGAACACUGCUGCUCUGCUGAUACAGCUCAGAAGCAGGUAACAUUUGUAGUAAUAACUGUGAGGAACUGUUCUCAAACUUUUAAAGGCAUGGAUCUUAUUUAUUGAACUGUGAGGAUUUUCAGAACAUAAUCAGCUGCCAGGCUGAUCACUAUGGGCCAAUCAUCAACCUUGUGCUUAGGUAAUGAAGAGUUUCUUACAAACUGUUGUCAGAUUGUAGACCUACCAGAUGCUGGAUUUAGUAUGGCCUCUGGUUGCUUGUUAUCCAUCUUAUCCUGUUGAAUACUCUCUAUGAAUUACUUCUGCUUUAAACAUUCCUCUGAGCACUUCACCCAGGAUCUUUGGAAGACUGUAUAAAUUUGAUACCAGGAGAUAACCUUUCUCUUUUUCCUUUAUUCUGCUAUCACUGUCCUGCAUCUUGGCUAUUUUUUUCCCACUUCUGGCAAUUUCUGUUUGAAAUCUCUAAAAUAAAAUGUCCUUUCUUCUCAUUUAGUUCA